CGCGUGUGUCAAUCAGAGUGCGGAGGCUAAUUGAUUGCGGAUCCCCUGCUUGAUGAACAGCAACCUCUCUCUCACAUCCAGCGAAGAGCACCUCCUUGUGUUGUUGUUGUUGUUGUUAUGUGUCCCGGAUUUGGACUGAUUGUGGAGAUGGUGGAUCUUAUGAGACCUAGCGUAGGGUAGACCGAAGACCCACAUCUUACAAUUGGAUUCUGAGAGACUUUGUAGUCAUGUUGGGAACGACUUUUCGGUUUGUGUUUUUCUCAUGUUGCAUCGAGAUGGGCGACAGAAUCUGCCCUCACUCUCACAUCACACAUGGCACGCGGCCCAGGUGAGAGUGCAGGAUUUGGGAUUGUGCAGCGCCACAGCUGCUGCUGCGCGUGCGGGUGCUUGAACUUCAUAGCGGGAGUAUAGUGUAGGUCAUGGUCUGAGGGGAAGGUGCGGGGAGCUUUGGAUAGCCGUGAUGAGGCGAAGCUUCUGUUUUUUUUUUUUUUUUCUUUUUCUUUUUUUUUUUUUUUUUUUUUUUUGUAGAAGUGGCCAAGUGAUGCACAAUUACUUGAGCGUGGGAUGAGUCGAUUGGUCCUUAGUUGCGGCCAUACAUCAAGAAUGAAUAGAAGAAACAGUUGUUUGGGAGCUGCUGUUGAUAGAGAGAGUAGCAAGAUACUCAGCUCAAAUGGGUGUCGCAGAAGUUGAGGUUUUAAAGCAUUUCCAGGAAGCAUCGUUGGAGCGGUGGGGGAGACGGAGAGAGCGAGAUGUGCAAAGGAGUGAAGGGUUUUGCCGGAGUGGUAGUCGCCAGCGAUAUCAUGUUGUGGAGAGUGUUUCGGACCAAUCAACGGCACUGAGACGAUACUGCAGAGUUAGAGAUUGCAGGAGUUCGAAGAAUUAGAGCGUCAACAAGGCGAUGGAGGAGUCGUGCCAGUGGAGAUGUGAUAGGGUCUUUAAUUUAGACGGGGCUGAAAUCAUCGGCUUGUACACGAUAUUAUCAGACAGGCCAACCUUUGCAUUCGGGAUUGCGGAAGCCCUCCCACAAUUCUCUAGUUACCAUGUAUAGCGGUAGCAGGAACUACCGUGCAUAGGAAUUCUUGGAAGAGAAAGAGCGUUUUCGGAUGUAGCAUUUAUUCCUCAUGAAGUGUGAGAUUUUCUUUGAAUGAUUGUGGGAUUGGGGUCGCGUGCAUGCACAGCACGCGCUUUCCUCGUCUAUAGUCAUGGUGCGACGCCAUGGCUGGCAGCUUCCUGCUCACUCUCUUCAGGUGGCGGCAAUCACGCUCUACUUUCUUCUUGCUAUCGCCUACUAUAUAUUUAUAGCCCCAUUUUUAUGGUUAAAUGGGUUAGUAAUUGCUGCUUAUGCAGUUUACUCUCCUUUGGCUUUUGUAGUGUUUGUGUUGUACGUUCGAUGUACAGCAAUUGAUCCUGCUGAUCCUGGCGUAAUUAUCAGCCAAAAGCACAGAAAGCAAUAUGUUAAGGAUACACCGGAGUCGUUGGAAAUUGUUCCAGAACCUUCCGGUAAUGGCUCUUCCCUCCACACAUCGAACCCUCCAUCUAUGGCCCCAUCCGUGAAAGAAAACGAACAUAAGGAUGUCUCCAUGGAAGAAGGAGAGGCGCAGACGCACAGGUCGCCAAGGAAGUGCAGCUGUGCCGGUCUCUGUGGUCUGCUAUUUGGUUGGAUGCUUGCUUCUGAUGACUGUUGUAGAUCCUCUGACUCGCAACAGCCUGAAGCGGAAAACGAGAUAUUAAUUUGCACACUAUGUAAAGCUGAGGUGCACAAGUUUAGCAAACAUUGUCGAAGCUGCGACAAGUGCGUGGCUGGUUUCGAUCAUCAUUGUCGAUGGUUAAAUAAUUGCAUUGGGAAGAAUAACUACAAGACGUUUGUGGCGCUGAUGUCCACCACCUUGACGCUGCUUAUUGUGCACGGGAUAGUUGGAACAGCAGUGCUUGUGCGCUGCUUUGUGGAUAGGCGAAAUAUUGAGGGUCAAAUAAUGGAGAAACUUGGGAACGGAUUUACAAGGGCCCCGUUUGCCUCUGUAGUGGCUGUAUGCACUGGAGUGGCCUUGUUGGCGUGUAUUCCUUUGGGUGAACUCUUCUUUUUUCACCUCAUCCUCAUUAAGAAGGGCAUUACUACAUACGAGUAUGUGGUCGCCAUGCGAGCACAACCGGAAGGGCCACUAGUUGAAGAUGAGGUAACCUCAUCUACCAGCAACUCAACAGUUCCUGAUAUGAGCAGAACAAGCUCACUAGAACUCCCUAUACCAAGGUCAUUAGGACUUCAACAGCAGGGUGGUUGGUGUACGUCCCCGCGCAUAUUUGUAGAGCGUCAGGACGAAAUGAUUCCACCUCCAGUAUCUGGCACAACUUUGCACCUUGAACAGCCGAAUAUUUCGCAAAAGGGCAAGCCUGAGAAUGUGAGGAUCAGUGCUUGGAGACUUGCGAAGCUGAACAAAGAGCAGGCUGCACGGGCAGCAGCCAAUGCGAGAAAAGCUUCAUCUGUCUUACGAACGGUUCCGAAUCCUGUUAUGAAAGGGCUGGCAGUGUCAGAUUGUAGCUCCAGCAGUAACAGCAGUGAACGUAGUAUAUUAAGCAGUGAACUUGGUAUUCGACUUGCACCACAGAGAAAGGCUGAAGAUAGCAAAGGCUUUAUGUCCUUAUCUCCAUAUAAGUCGGAACUUCCACGGAUACGCACGGGCAGAGAGCCAGACAUUCUCGCAUCGUGGGAAAAGAACUUGGGAGUGGAUAUGAAAAGCUCAGGCAGCCAAAUAUUAACUGAUGUGGCUUCUACGGGACUUGAUUCAUCAUCCAAGUCUUCUCCUACUGAUCGACACGCGGUAAGUACAGUCUCGCAGUUGCCAACUGUGUUCAAUACUGAGGAUCCUUCUGGCAGUAGAGCUGUCAAAGUCGCACACUCCAACCUUUCUCGGCCUAUAGGAUCCACUCUCAGUGAUGGUUACGAUGCUUCUGCGGGAGAGACCACAGAUGACAUGGGACAACCAAGGAAGGGAAAGAAGUUCUUCAACAGAAACACCCAGCUCCCUUUUGCAGGUUCUAAAAGUGGAUCCAGUUUUGGGGGUAGACAAGUUAGUCGAUAUAGAUCAGAAAGCUCUCCAUUAAGGGCUAUCCAGUUCAAGGGUCGAGGAAUAAGCACCUCGGUAGUAUCUGGGCAUCAAAUCAGAAGAGCUCCAUCGUUGUCACCGUCAUCGGCAUCGGACGCAGACCUUGCACGUCGAGAGGGGGACCCGUUUUUCACACCGAAUUCAUCUGUUGGUUUGCACCCUGCUCAAAGACUUGCUAGCAAUUCUCGACAGAAAAGAAACUCGCAAACAAGUGGUUCCAUCUCCAUCUUUUUUAGCAGCCCACUCAUGCCUAUUGGGGAGUCGAAUAAAAGACAGAGAUCUGGUAUUCCAGAAAACCUGAGACCUUCACGCGGUUCCCGACCGAAUCCUCCCUCAGACUUUCGACUCUAAUGAAAAAGGCCCUAACCAGCCAUUCAACCGUAUGUUUCUCAUGUGUACACCUCAAGUUAGCUUGUUGAUAUCGCAUAGCCAGCAUUGAUACCUUUGUAUCAGAGAUGUUACGUACUCAUGAGAACACGUCUUGACCAACAGCAAACGCUGUUAUGUUUUCAUCAGCAGUGGAGAUGUUGCACUCUGUCGCCAUCCCUGCUUUGGUCACUGAAAAUGGGACUCAAACCUCAGGCUACGGUUUCUGCGUCAUUUACUCA